CGACGUUAGCCCAGCCCAUCAGCGAUGCUAAGGAAGUAGCAUUGUUUACAGGGGCAGGACGUGAGCAUGGAGCAAAAGUGAAACUAGAAGCCUCCUAAACCGACUGUUGACUUGAGACAAACACUAAAAGGCAGCUAUGUGUAACCUCGACUAGAUGGUGAGAUAUGGAUUUCCUGACGCUGUUUGGUAUUUACGUCGUGGUGGUGCUCACAUGUAUAGCUCUAGUGUGCAGAUACUCCGGCCAGCAACACAGCCCCCUUAAUUCACUCUACAGCUUUGCGUUAAAGAGACUUGCAUCUAUUACUCCAAAAUGGCUGCAGAAGUUUUCACAGUGGACCUUGCACAGACUGUUCCAUCAGAGGAGCAACGCGUUCAUAUACCUGCACAUCCUGCUGGAGGGCGCCGUGUAUUCAGAGUUCACCUACGAGGUGUUUGGCUUCUGUAGGGAGAUGGACACCACUCUGAUCAGCCUAUCUGUGCCUUAUAUCCUGUUGGCCAUCAAGACCUUCUUCUUCUACCUCUGCAUCAAGACAGACCCAGGCACAGUGACAAAGAAGAAAGUUGCCGGUCAGCUGCACAUCUAUUCGUACGACAGGAGAUUGUUUCACCCGGGAAUCUCAUGUUCGACUUGCCAGCUUGUCAAACCAGCCCGCUCGAAACACUGUAGGGUCUGCAACAGGUGUGUGCAGCGUUUCGACCACCACUGCGUCUGGGUGAACAACUGCAUCGGUGCUCAGAACACACGUUACUUCCUGCUCUACCUCUUCACCGUCUGUGCCAUGGCGUUCGACAUCGCCCUGUUAACGGUGGACAUGCUGCUUCAUGUUGUGCUGCGUACAGGGCUCCUGGGGGCCAGUUACUUAGAUGAGAACGGCCAACGGCAGCCAGCGGGAUUUCUGUUUGUCGUGCAGCAUCUCUUCCUUACUUUUCCCCGAAUCAUCUUCAUGCUGGGCUUCUUACUUUUCGUAUUCUUCCUCCUGGCGGGUUACACCAUGUUCCAUUCCUUUCUGGCUGUUGUGAACCAGACCUCCAAUGAGUGGUACAAAAGUCGAGGCUACGUUUGCCAGCACUGCCACCCAUCUACAGCGGCUGAUAUUCUCUGUAGCCCCGUCCCAGAUCACUCUAAAAGAUACUACUACAGCAGGGGGGUCCUCCGAAACCUGGGGGAGAUUUUCUUCCCUCCACAGCCUGUUCAGAAAAAAGACAAUUGAUUGGUUACAUGUAAUGUCUACGAUAACUAAUGUAAACACUACUGGAAAAUAAAGUUUAUAGGUUUCUUUAUG